AUGGGUUUUGAAAACGUGUCGGAUUUAGCAAGAAACAUCAUUUUGCAAUAUUGUGACUUAAAAACCAUAGUAACUCAGGGUCUACCGAUUUUCCCCGCAAAAUCGCCCUGA